GUGACGUCAUCGUCAUGAUGCGCGCGCAUUUCGGCAGCGGAAGUUGAGUUUUGUUUAACUUCCCGAUAGCAAUGCUAAUUCAGUGUUCGUCUCGUUUUUAAAGCUAAAAUGUCUCAUUGUUGCGUGGCUGGUUGUAAAAACCUCUUUAGUCGCAACAGCAGCCUAAGAUUUUACAGAAUUCCUUGUGGAUUUCGUCCUUUUCAUGCAAACCGGAGGCGUUUGUGGGUCGAAGCGGUCCAAAAAGCUAACGGCAACAAGAAGGAGCUCACUGGGAAUCAUCGGGUUUGUGGCGCUCAUUUCAUCUCAGGAGUGGCUUCGAUGGACACAAACAGUCCGGAUUUUGUACCAUCUGUGUUUCCAUCAUCAUGCACCAAACCCGUUCAGACAAGAUCACAGUGGGCUAAAAGGAUUAUGGGUUGUAAAAAAAAGCUCAGUGGACGCAACAACGCAGGAAAAAAGAACAUAAAAGCUGGACCCGAGUCUCCCGUGAACCUCCAAGAUGUUCCAAUGGAAACUGAAAAUGAGGUUUCAGCACAAACUCAGCCACCUUCAUCAGUGCCAAAGGAAGAGGAUGGGUUGACCGAAGAUGCGACUAAACCAGAAAAAGUUGAAUCGCAAGAAACAUCCAGCUUAAACUUGACAUCAUGCUUAAAACCACAAGAAGUCCUCUCACGACUAAAAUAUUUGCAUCCAGUUGUGGUCCUAAAGCCUUUAGUUUUACCAAAAGACGUCUAUCAACGUGAAAAUCAUGAUACGGCAUGCACCGGUGUUUCUGAGCCCGUGGAGGACGAACAGCAGCCUGAAGAACAAAAUUCCUCUGACUUGAGUCGAGCAGAGUCCCCUGAGCCCCAGCAGGUCUCCAGGGUCGAGCUGUCCUAUCCGUGCAACAUGUGCGAUAGAACUUUCACUGCCGUUCACCACCUCAAGCGCCACAAAAUCCUCCACCUCAAAGAUAGUAGGAAGUGCCUCCGAUGCGGCGUGCUGUUCUGUCGACGCCACAACCACUUUUUCUUUCAGCCUACGCCGUGUAUUCAGAAAACCAAAACGGACUCCGAGGAUGAGUCUUCCAGUUCCAAAGAGCAACAUUUGGAGAGUAAUUUGAACCCAGAAAAGAUGGAGCCAAGUCAGAUAACAAAAAUCGUUGAUAAUACACCUCCACCAUCUGCUUCUGUCAUGGAUACGCCUCCUGGUCCUGACCCAAAACCAUUACCCAACCUUCUCCGUAAAAGGCCUUUUGUCAAUAGACGUGGGCUGAUGUCAGUGAAACCCUCUCCCGUGCCCCCGCCACCCAUCCCAGUAUUCACUUUCCUACGAUACCCUGUUGCCUCGUUUCACCUGACGUCGCCGGUGCUCGACAGCCCUGCUGUGGUUGUACAGCCACAUCUCCCCAAACAUCCAGAACUCCCACCUUCCCUGAAGCUUUUUUCCCCUCAGUACCUCACCUCAGCCUUGCUUCACGUUCAGAGAAAUUAUGAAUACAUUUUAAACAAGGUUCCCGUCAGCAGUAAUAAAAUCGUUGUCAAAGAAGAGGAGAAUCCGGUCGUUAUCUGUCCGGUUGAGCAACCCGUCAAGAAAACUAAAAAAGAAAAAAUUGCUUAUGACCUAGAGAUAAUACUCUGAUUUAAACUGCAGGGGCGAAAUCUGACUGUUCUGCAAACUAAACCCACUAUCUUACUGACCUGUUUACAUUUGGUGAAAUAUUUCACUGUUACACAAGAACUGGUGCUUGUUAUAAAAAAAUAUACAUUUUGAUAA